UUUGGUUUCUGUUGGUGGCGGCUGAGGCCCCAGACCCGCUCUGUUUCAACCUGUUUAGCUAGCACUUAUUUCUGACACCUGAAUGAAAACUGGUGAAAGCGGCCUCUUCGCAAACUUGUAGAAUCAUGGCUUCAGCGCUGGAGCAGUUUGUGAACAAUGUGCGGCAAUUAUCUGCUCAAGGCCAGAUGACUCAGCUGUGCGAGCUGAUCAAUAAAAGCGGAGAGCUGCUUGCGAAGAACCUUUCCCACCUGGACACUGUGUUAGGAGCACUGGACAUCCAGGAGCACUCUCUCGGAGUGCUGGCAGUGCUAUUUGUGAAGUUCUCCAUGCCCAACAUCCCCGACUUUGAGACGUUGUUCUCUCAAGUCCAGCUCUUCAUCAGUACUUGCAACGGAGAACACAUUCGAUACGCAACAGAUACUUUUGCUGGGCUUUGCCAUCAGUUGACGAAUGCUCUAGUGGAACGGAAACAGCCAUUGCGUGGGAUAAGUAUACUCAAACAAGCAAUAGACAAAAUGCAGAUGAACACAAACCAGCUUACCUCAGUGCAUGCAGAUCUGUGUCAGCUAUGCCUGCUAGCAAAAUGCUUCAAGCCUGCAGUUCCUUUCCUGGAGCUGGACAUGAUGGACAUCUGCAAAGAGAAUGGCGCAUAUGAUGCAAAGCACUUUCUGUGUUACUAUUAUUACGGCGGCAUGAUCUACACGGGUUUGAAGAACUUCGAACGAGCACUGUAUUUCUUUGAGCAGGCUAUAACCACUCCGGCUAUGGCAGUCAGUCACAUCAUGCUUGAGGCUUAUAAGAAGUAUAUUCUUGUCUCUCUCAUCCUCCAUGGCAAGGUGCAGCAGCUUCCCAAAUACACAUCACAGAUCGUGGGCAGGUUCAUUAAGCCCCUUAGUAAUGUUUACCACGAGCUGGCUCAAGUGUACUCCACCAACAACCCCGCCGAGCUGCGCAGCCUCGUCAACAAGCACAGCGAAACAUUUACACGUGACAAUAAUAUGGGCCUGGUCAAGCAGUGCCUCUCUUCACUGUACAAGAAGAACAUCCAGAGGCUAACCAAGACGUUCCUGACGUUGUCUUUACAAGACAUGGCAAGUCGAGUUCAGCUCUCAGGGCCUCAGGAGGCAGAGAAAUACGUCCUGCAUAUGAUCGAAGAUGGAGAGAUUUAUGCCAGCAUCAACCAGAAAGAUGGCAUGGUCUGUUUCCAUGACAACCCUGAAAAAUACAACAACCCUGCAAUGCUUCACAAAAUUGACCAAGAGAUGCUGAAGUGUAUAGAAUUAGAUGAGAAACUAAAGGCCAUGGAUCAGGAGAUCACAGUCAAUCCCCAAUUUGUACAAAAGAGUAUGGGAACACAAGAAGACGAUGUUGGCAGCAAGACAUCAUCUUACUCCUGAGGCCACUGCAGCAGCAUUCCCUGACUCCUGUAAUGUUGAAGAACCAUCAUCAGGAAGAAUAUCAGCCUAUUGAGUAUGGACUAUAUCAGAGGAAAACCUAAAAUGUCUGCAAAUAUAAUUAGUUUUUUUUUUCUUUCACAGUGCUCCCAUACACACCAACCCUGUUUUGUCAGUGUUUUAUUUAUCAAUGAUGAAGUGCAAAACCACAGCUACAUUUAUGACCGAAACAAUAAAAUUACUGGACAACUUUGUUCAAGAA